AUGCAUCACCAUCAGAAUCUCGGAGACGCUGCCGCCUUGAAUGGGAUGCUCCCGCCCUACGAAGCCAUGGCCAUGUACGAGCAGCCCAAGCCUCGAUUCAUCUUCAAGAUGCCGCGGGUGGUGCCCGAUCAGAGAUCCAAAUUCGAGAGCGACGAGCUCUUCCGCCGGCUCAGCCGGGAAAGCGAGGUGCGCUACACGGGCUACAGGGAACGGGCGGCGGAGGAGCGACGGAUGAGGUUCGUCAACGACUGCCGCAAGGGCUAUGCGGAGAUCUCGAUGGUGGCCUCCGGCACCAACCUGCAGCUCUACUUCAACGCCAACCACAAUCCCUAUGCCCAGGAGCAGGAAUGCGACUUUGAGCGGGAGCGGGGCAAAGUUCAUCUGCGUUCCAACUUUAUUAUGAACGGUGUGUGUGUUCGAUUCCGCGGCUGGGUGGAUCUGGAUCGACUGGAUGGCGUGGCCAGUCUGGAGUUCGACGAACAACGAGCCCAGCAGGAGGAUGCCCAGCUGCAGGAGCAGAUCCAAAGCUACAACCAACGGAUGGCGGAGUCUAAGAGGAUCUACCACACUCCACAGACUCCACCCGAGGAUCACCACCGCAGGGGAGGACCUGGUAUGCCAGGUGGACCAAUGGGUUGGUAGUGGUAUAUAA